AUGGAGGACAUGGACGAGAUCGAUGCCGUUCCUCAGGUUUACAUGGCUUGCAUUCUAAAUGGUAACAGAAUAGGAGUAUCUUACUAUGAUUCAACCCUUCGCCAACUUUUUGUGCUUGAAGUUUGGGAUGAUGGUGACAAAGGUUUUCCAGUUAUUGAUCUGGUUAAAUAUCAAGCAAACCCUUUGGUCAUUUACACAAGCACAAAAAGUGAAGAAUCCUUCUUGUCUGCUCUGCAACGAAGUGAUGGACUAGCUGAGCCUCCUACAUUAAAGCUUGUGAAAAGUUCAAUAUUCAGCUAUGAGCAAACAUGGCAUAGAUUAAUUUACCUUCGGGUGGCGGGGAUGGAUGAUGGAUUAAAUGUCAAGGAGAGGAUUCACUAUUUGAGUUCCAUGAUGGACAUGGGAAGUGAAGUACAAGUUCGUGCUAGUGGCGGCCUUCUGACAAUAUUAGAGAAUGAAAGGAUUGUAGAUACUCUUGAGCAAAAAGAAUCCGGAAAUAAAUCAAUUACAAUAGAUUCUGUAGCAGAAAUAUCACUAAAUAACUUUCUCAAACUUGAUGCAGCAGCUCAUGAAGCAUUACAAAUAUUCCAAACAGACAAACACCCGAGCCACAUGGGAAUUGGUAGAGCAAAAGAGGGGUUUUCUGUAUUUGGAAUGAUGAAUAAGUGCGUGACUCCAAUGGGUAGACGUCUUUUGAGAAACUGGUUCUUGAGACCUAUACUUGAUCUUGAAGUUCUAAACUACCGUUUGAAUUCUAUAUCUUUCUUUCUAUGCUCAGAAGAUAUUGUUGCUUCUUUACGUGAAACCCUGAAAUCUGUGAAGGAUAUCCCCCACUUGCUCAAGAAAUUUGACUCUCCAAGCUCCAUAUGCACCAGCUCUGAUUGGACAGCUCUUCUAAAGAGUAUUUGUGCGCUGCUGCAUGUAAACAAGAUAUUUGAAGUUGGAAUUUCUGAAGGUCUUCGAGAAGAGUUGAAGUACUUGAACUUGGAUAUUGUUGAGAAGGCAAGUUCAUGCAUAACAACAGAGCUUGCUUAUGUCUAUGAGCUGGUAAUUGGUGUUAUUGAUGUGAAUAGAACUAAAGAAAAGGGAUAUGCGACAGUGGUGAAAGAAGGUUUUUGUGACGAGUUGGAUGAGCUUAGGCAAAUAUAUGAGGAACUGCCAGAAUUCCUGGAAGAGGUUUCAUCAUUGGAAUUAGCACAACUUCCGGUUGUAUGCAAGGAGAAGCACAUUCCUUGUAUUGUUUAUAUACAGCAAAUAGGAUAUUUAAUGUGUAUCUUUGAAGAAAAACUUGAAGCAACCAUUCUGGAAAAACUUGUGGAUUGGGAAUAUAUAUUCGGUGAUGCAGAUGAAGAGACAAAAAGAUACUUUUAUCAUACCCCGAAGACACGAGAAUUGGACAGUCUGUUAGGAGAUAUCCAUCAUAAAAUUCUAGACAUGGAGAGGGCGAUCACCAGAGACUUGUUUUCACGAAUACUGUUGUUCUCAUCCCAUUUGAUAAAGGUGGCAACUUUUGCAGCUGAGCUGGACUGCUUUUUGUCAAUGGCUUUGGUUGCUCGGCAGAACAAUUAUGUCAGGCCUUUGUUGACUGAAGAAAACUUGCUUGAGAUAAAAAGUGGAAGGCAUGUUUUACAGGAAAUGACUGUAGACACAUUUAUUCCGAAUGACACUAAGAUUCUUCAUGACGGAAGAAUUAAUAUCAUCACUGGUCCUAAUUUUUCUGGGAAAAGUAUCUAUAUAAAGCAGGUGGCUUUAAUAGUUUUCCUCUCCCACAUUGGUAGUUUUGUGCCAGCUGAUGCAGCAACUGUGGGUCUGACAGAUAGAAUAUUUUGUGCAACAGGAAGCAAGCUUAUGACAGCUGAACAAUCAACAUUUAUGAUUGAUCUACAUCAAAUCGGGAUGAUGCUCAGGCAUGCUACUUCACGAUCUCUGUGUCUGGUGGAUGAAUUUGGUAAAGGCACUCUUACAGAAGAUGGCAUUGGUCUACUUGCUGGGACCAUAAAUCACUUUGUCAUGCGUGAUGAACCUCCAAAGGUUUUUGUGUGCACUCAUCUCAUGGAUUUGUUGCAUGGGCAUUCUUUGACCAAGUCUGAGCAGAUUAAGUUUUACACAAUGAGUAUAUUGAGGCCUGAUAACAAUUCCACCUAUAUUGAAGACAUUGUGUUCUUAUACAGGCUUGUCCCUGGACAUGCGCAUCAUAGCUAUGGGCUGCACUGUGCACUGCUGGCUGGUGUACCUGACGAAAUCAUAAAAAGAGCAGCAGUUGUGUUGGAUGCUGUUUCAAAUAAUAAUUAUAUUGAGCGGUUAUGCAAUGAGAACAUCUCAGCUCAAGAUCGUCAAUACGAGGAUGCCAUGGAGAAAUUGUUGGAAUUCGAUAUUGACAAAGGCGACUUAAAACAAUUCUUCGAGGAUAUAUUUUUUCUAGUUCCUAACGCAUCGUGA